AUGAAACUCACUCCGGUCUUCCUCGCAUCUCUCGCCAGUCUCAGCACUGUGCAGGCCACCAGCUUUGUCACUGUUAAUAGAGUGACAACCAAAGACGUUGUUGUACCUCCGGCAAUCGACCAACAACAUACAACCUCUGUCGCCCACCUCGACGCGCGAAGUGAGUUCAGAGACGAUCACUUCUUCGAGGAGCAAGACCUAAGAGACGAAACAUACACCCUAUGUAAUGGUGGUCUUGACUGGUGUCUCGUCGGCGAAGAAACCCUCGCACCCGAUACACCCGAUGCAUUUGAUGCACCCGAUACACGCCUUACCUCUUACUACAUCACCUCGCCUUACACAUCUCUCAUCGUCUCCACCAUAGGCGUCGACGGUCCGAACAUUCAUAAUCAACCGGACAAAACUACCGUGGUCAGAGUCACAAGUUUCUUGAACGUAGCACCCACCGCUCCGUCUAGACCACCACCACCACCACCACCUGAACCUGAACCGAUCCGACCGAGAAGAGGAUGUCCGUCUCACAUCUGUGAUAUCAUGCCCUAUCCUGACCACCUGUGCUUGAAUGAGAAGUGGUCGAGGAAUCAUCCAUUGGUGAUCGAGGGCAUCACCUAUCCGAAUGCUUACAGAACGGCUGGUUCUGAUCAAUGUGCCGGUUAG